GGUUCUAGCUACUUGAAUCUUGUUUUUUUUUCCCGUCUGGAUUCUUGAAUCCCAAAUUUUCUUGCUCUGUUAUAAUGAAUCAUCAGCUCAGAAUCUUGGCCAUGGAAGAACGGGAAGAGGAGGCAGUCGAGAUCAGGGAUGUAUGGGGUCACAAUCUGGAAGCCGAAUUCGGAAUCAUCAGCAACAUAGUGGACGAUUACCCGUACAUCGCCAUGGACACGGAGUUCCCGGGAGUGGUCGUCCAGGCGUGCGGCGGAGCGAGUUUGGAGCAGUUGGGGCGCACGGGGUACAAUUACCGGAAGAUGAAAGACAAUGUGGAGAUUCUGAAGCUGAUUCAGGUGGGCCUCACCUUCUCCGACGCCGAGGGGAACCUCCCGACCUUGGGGACGGGGAGAGGCCACGUUUGGCAGUUCAACUUCCGGGAGUUCGACCCGGAGGCGGACCCACACGCCCACGACUCCGUAGAGAUGCUCCGGGAAUGUGGGACGGACUUCAGGAGGAACAAGACGGAGGGGGUGAGCUCCGACCAGUUCUACGAGCUUCUGGUGUCGUCCGGGGCGGUUCUGAACCCGGAUGUUCAAUGGGUCACCUUCCACGGGUCCUCCGACUUCGGGUACCUGGUUCAGGGGCUGACGGGGACGAAGAGAGGGGGAGAAGGGAUCGGUUCCCUCCCGGAGACUCAGGGGGAGUUUCUGAAACUGGUGAAGCUGUUCUUCCCGGUGUUCUAUGACGUAAAACACGUGAUCAGAGCCUGCAACGACAUCUAUGGCGGGCUGGCGAGGGUCGCCGGAGAUUUGGGCGUGAAGAGAGCCGCCGGGAACGCCCACCAAGCUGGCUCUGACAGCCUGCUGACGUCUCGUGUCUUCUUCAAGCUCAAAGCCACCCGGCCUCAUCUUCUCCUCGAUCAUCGAUAUGCUGGUGUGCUCUAUGAUCUUGAUCCUUAGCUUCUUCUUAAUUUAUUCAACGCAACACUCUCCUUUGAAUUCUCCAUAAAAAAUAAAAAAAGGUUUUGCAAGAAAAAAAAAGGGUUUUUUUUUUCCAGAUGUAUAGUGAGUAUACUCUGUUCUUGUUCAAGUAAGGGUAGGCCAAAAAAAAAAGGUUGUAUUG